AUGGAGAAUGUUGACGAUUCGAUCAGGGUCAGCCAAGUACCACCACUUGGGCAAACUGGUAGUUUUCUACUUAUGGAACGUCUAAGCCUUUUAUCAAACUCACAAUUUUCCAUAGAACAACAACAAACAGAAGAAACGAACAACAUAUUCCUUGAAAGUUCAAAUUCCAGUUUAGACAUUUCCACAAAAACAUUCCAACAAAUGAACAGUUGUGAGCGAAAGCUAUCAGAGGAAAUUGAUCAAUUGCUUGAAGACGACAAUGAUGAACUUUUAUUGUUAUUACCCGUCUUGGAUAAAUAUGAAAGCAAGUCAGCUGAUUGCAAUAGAGAUCAAUAUAGUCAAACUGAAAAAGGUCGCGCUGUUAUUGACACGAAAGAAGCUGAACUGUCAGAGGAAACUGUUGAAUCUACACCCAUCUACAAUCCUAAUGAUUCUGAUAGUCAGGACACCAUUCCUUAUUCUCCAACUGAAAGCAUUCACGGCUGUGAUAUAAUACCACAAUAUGUCGACUUACAACCAAUUUCUGAGAAUAGCACAUCAGAGACCGAACAUAGUCUGGAUGAACUUGUCCCGCAUUCUCCCUCGGAAACAAGUAAUUUAUUUGGAGACUUCUAUCAUGACCAUGUUUCAUAUCCGGCCUAUUCUAGCCCUGUUCAUCCUCUAUCGACAGGAACGCAUGGUUGUGAGAUGAGAGACUCUCAAGAGAUUAGUGACGAUGAAUGCUUCGAUAUCUUGAACAGUCCAUUACGUGACCAAGCCAAUGUACAGAAUCUAGUAAAAGCAACUAGUCCCAAAGAUAACAACGAUAAUCUAUCCACUCUCUCUGGUGACAGUUUCGUAGCUCAUCUUUUUGACGACGAAGAAGAUGACGACGGCUUUGAGAAUAAUGCAGAGGAAAACACAAUUGAAUCGCUUGCUGUGGUGACUGACCAUAGUCACGAUAAGGUUGAUCACAGUAUAUCCAAAAAGUACAAGACCACGACAACCUUGCGUGAUUACUUCAUCCCGCCUCGAGAAAACCUGAUUGGAAAGGAAUCAGCCAUACUUCCUUUUGCUACCUUUGGUGAUGAAAAAAAAUCAAACAAGACGACUGAAAGUAGUGAAGAGACGAAACGAUGGCCACGCAUGGGUUUACCAAAACGGUCCAUUCGAUAG